GUCCAAAUCAGCAGUUGUUAUACGAUCCAUGGUGGUAGUCUAUCUACACCUCCGUCGACUCUGAUUGAGCACUGCUGUUUGAUGACUCGAGGCAAUGAAUGGGUCAUCGAGGUAAAAUGUCGCCCCGUACAGCACGACAUACGAGAAGGUUCCCAACAAAAAAGGAACUGGAGAAGCCUGAUGGAGGUUUACCCCAACGCUAUUGUGAAACAAAAACACAACGAUACUGAAGUUAUUUUGCCACCUCUUCGGGAAGACGUGGAAAUAGCAGCGUUUGGAAGGCCUGGAAAGGAUGACCGGAAAAGAAUGCAAAUGGCGAUCUUUGCCAGUCGUCCAACCCAAGGACGAGACUGGAAGAUUUGGGUUUAUCUCGUAGAUGAUACAAAUCCUGCUUGCAAGGUAUCAAGUGAUACUCUAUUUCUCUAAACAGGUUAUUUUUUACUUAAAAGAGACGUGGGAAAGUUAACCUGCACUCUUCUUUAAAAAAAAUAAAGUCGUGUAAUGCUUAACGGCGACGGCAAUGAGAACGGUAACACAUUCAAAAGAUCUAGUUAUCUAAUGAGAGUAGACUUUCACGUCGAGGGAGACUCGACUUUGUUGUUGUUUUUUCUCUCUAAAAGUCCGGGUUGCCCUGAGAUUUCCCGCCAAAAACACCUCCAGUUGCCUUUAGUGUCAUACCUGUUAACUGAGUUAUUUUACAUUGGUAUGCAUGUUGUGCGGACAGUCGGAUGGUCGGACGUACGGUCACGUGAUUACCAAAAUUUCUCGGAUGGAUGGGUUACCAAAUUUUCUUAACGUAUGGGGUUCCGCCAUAAGGUUCAGUCUUGGGCCAUUCUGUCUCAGAAGUGUGCAGGCAUAUAUUAGUUAGUUAAAUAGCUAUUUAGAUUUUGCUGGUCAUUCGGAGAGGUUUUUGAAUCGCGCCGAAUGUAUUUUUCAAUAAACAGAGUAUUUGCCAAGAAGAAGACAAAAAAGGAAACAGGCUUCUUUCACCAUGUUCUGGGAUGUUCGUGUCGAACAGCAAAGAAGACAUCACAAUCGAGCUCAGUGCACUCGAGCCUGGAUGGAAAAUCAAAGGAAGCAGUAUAAAGGUACGAAAGGAGAACUAUGAGGUCACAUUGGGGUAUAAUAAGAUGCAUCGGCAAAAGCAAACAUAUGAGAGUUUCACGCUUCAACACCUUAUGGGGUUUCUGGAGAGAUUUAAUACAUAAUUUUGCAGCAGUAUCACCCUUCGACAGAAAAAAAUAAUAAUUGGUGCUGCACGUUUUGCAACUGCAAUAAUCCUUACCCUUUUUUUUUAUUUUCUGAGGCGUUUAUUAGGUUUCCCUCAUAUCUUCGAUCCAUCAGUCACUCAACACCCCUUCUUCAAAUCCACGCUUCUUCUUAUAAUCUGCUACACAGCCGUUUGUAAGGUAGUCACGGAACGCUCCUCCAGCGUUUCGUGACGACACCAAAAACGGCUGUGUAGCAGACUAUUCUCCUUACGGAUGUGCCAAAAGACAAUCUCUAUGUGAGUCGCAUUUACCACCCAAAAAGCUCGACCUCGAGUGGAUUGACUGAUUAACUGUAUCUAUGCUGCCAUAAAAAUGGAAACCAUUUACAACAGAAACAGUCAAGACUUUAGAAAUUACCGCUGAUAACUUAUCCAUCAUGUAUGAUGUAUUUUCAGACUAUCAAAUCAAGAGAUGCUUGGAAUUCACCAGAAAACUCAGUUGAUUUUCCACGCUGCUAUUUUGAAAUAAGACACGUGGACAGAACAAAACAAUCAUUUUUCUGCAGAAUAAAGGCUUCCCACGAAGGAGACGUCGCCCGCGCAGAAAUUGUGGGGUAUUUUGAAAGGGUAAAUUUUAUGUUAUAA